AUUAAAAACCACAACAGAAACAAGUGUAAACACCACAGGAAGUAAUCCAAGAGAAAACAAGCAAUAUAAGUUUUGGAAAGAAAGUUGGCAUUUAUUAAUCACCUUGAAGUCAAGUUCAGGAGAAAAGAGAGAGCGACAGACAUUCAUUCCAUGAUUCUGAUUCUGCUGCCAAUGCUCAUUCAGUCUUCAUUCAGAUCAUCUGCUUGGUCUCCGUUGUUGUUGGUACUUCACUGAUGGCUUGGUACCUCGACAAAACCCGGGUCACUCACCUGGGUUCAAAGCGACUCCGGUUACUGUACAAGAUGAAGUAUCUGCUCACAAACAUCAGAAAUGUUUCUCACCUGGUCAGGAGGCCUCAUAGGUCAUGUCAGAGUAUCAUCUGCUCCUCUCCAAGGAGAAUCCCUCUCAAAUCUCAUAGAUCAAAGAAGCCUAUCAGACUUUUUGGAGCAAUUAGCAGUAAUAUGAAAUAUGAGAAUGUAUUGGGCCUUCAGAUGUAUCGAUUAUACUCAACCUCCAGCAGAGAGACGUUCAAAGCAGAAGCUCCCAUUGGAGUUUACCAGCACAGCAGGACUACUUUUCGGCUGCACUUACUUGGACUGAGAUUAGGAGAGUCUUUUAAUCGUCUCUCCAGACACAUAAACUUGUACUUUAAUCAGAAACAGGUAUCUGUGGUAGAUUAUGGGCAAGGUGGAUUGAUGUCUGCAGUGCAAGAACCGCUAACCAGAACAUCAAGACGAGUUCAGAGAGAGAGACGCACUGGAGAGUCCAGAGACUUUAUAGGGACACCUGCCAUUGAGCAGGUCUGUGAAGCUUCCUCACAUCAACCUUUGACCUCAGCCUAUCCUGGACUACAGUUGUUCCACAUCACUUCCUUGGCAAACCGAUUUGGGGAGAGUUACAGCUAUGUGGCCAAUCACAUUAACUCUGUAUUCUCUAGAAAUCCAGCAAAGCAAAUUCAUAUGGAGGUAUCACCAGAUGAUGGGCUCAAAAGGUCUAGAAGAAGAAAGCAAAGAGUUAUUGGUAAUAAAAGUGUGCAAACUCAGCUAAACAUUAGUGUAGGUACAAGACCAGAGAUUGAUAACAAUGUAUCUAGUUCCUGGGAUGAAGGAUAUCUCCACUUUGCCCGUCACAUCAAUCGAUACUUUGGAGCAAAAGUAGCAGAUACUGUUGAGAAAUCAGCACAUACUGAGACGAACACCCUGAAGACUUCAGUCUCCCCAGAUGCUCUACAUAAACCUAAAGAUCCACUUCUUCAGCCUAAAUCCCCAGGCUUGUUCCACAUGAGCAGCCUCACCACACGCUUUGGGGAAAAUUACACUUACAUGGCCAACCACGUUAACAGGUACUUUAAAGGAUCUGCAGCUUUAGAGAAUGAGGAGGUGGAUGGAGAAUUAAACCUUUACAGAGGUUCACAUAAGUACACUGUGAUCCAGGAAAAACCAGUGUCCUUUUUUGAGUGCCUGUUGAAACCCUCAACUAUACCUGGGUUUGUGGGCAGCUACCUGGGAAUGGGCUCUUCCAGGCAUAGUGACCAGACCACAACUGUAACAAGGACCCCAGAGGAAAUUCUGGAUAAAACAGUUUUAAGGAGGAGGAAUGCAGAUGAGAUGACUAGAGUUCUACUGAAGAGACUGGAAAAGGCUAUGGUACCGUCAUCUAUCACUUCCUGUGUGGAGGAGCUGAACGCUCACCUCAUUCAGCACCCAGCGUGCAAGUCUGUGGUGUGGCAGGAAAAAGCUGCACUGCAGCUGCUUAGACGCCGCCGUACCUUUUGGAUGAAUGAAAAACUUCAAGAAGCCAUCAGGGAAACUCUCGCUCUGAUUGGUUAUGUGGAUCCGGCCAGAGGUUGCGGGGUCAGGGUGCUUUCCAUUGAUGGAGGCGGAACCAAAGGGUUAGUUCCACUACAAGUGCUCAAACAGCUGGAGGCUCAAACAGGAAAACGAGUGUAUCAACUCUUUGACUAUAUAUGUGGAGUCAGCACUGGAGCAGUUCUGGCUUUCAUGUUGGGUCUAGCUCGUAUCUCUUUAGAUGAAUGUGAAGAGCUGUAUCAUCGUUUCGGGUCAGACGUUUUUCGACAAAACCCCCUGGUUGGUACUGUGAAGAUGGGCUGGACGCACUCCUACUAUAACACAGAAACAUGGGAGAUGAUCUUAAGGGAGAAGAUGGGGGAGGAGAUUUUAAUUAAAACAGCCAGAGAUCAGCUGAGCCCAAAGGUGUCUGCCGUAAGUGCCGUAGUGAACUGGGGAAAAAGUCCGAAAGCAUUUAUCUUCCGCAACUAUAACCAUGCUCCAGGACAACUGAGCCGCUAUGCCGGAGGAUCAGGAUACCGGCUGUGGCAGGCCGUCCGGGCCUCAUCUGCUGCUCCAGGAUAUUUCCAGGAGUUCCCUCUUCAUGGCGACAUACACCAGGUCAGAACAGUCCAUUUUAGACAGCUAGUAAAAUAUACUUGUAUCCAGACCUUCUUUCCUUUCUUUUUUCUCCAGGAUGGUGGUCUUAUCCUCAAUAACCCUUGUGCUCUGGCUGUCCAUGAAAGCCGACUGCUGUGGCCCAGCCAGCCCUUCCAGUGUGUGCUGUCACUGGGAACUGGUCGCUAUGAUAGCGCUAGAAGAGGGCCUGCAACCUCCACAAGUCUGAGAGCCAAAAUCAGCAAUCUGAUCUGCAGCGCCACCGAUACCGAGGGUGUUCACACUCUAUUGGAUGACCUCUUAUCACCGAAUGUGUAUUUCCGCUUUAACCCGAUGCUGAGCUCAAACGUGACGCUAGAUGAAAGCAGGCCUGAAGUGCUUCAUCAGCUGCAGAAAGACACACAGCUGUACCUGGACCGGAACCGACCCAAACUGGAACGCCUGUGUGGAGUGCUGAUGACAGAACGCUCAGCAAUCUGGAAAACACGGGACUGGAUCGGUGGGAAAGCGUGGGAGCUGCAGCAGCGCUGGGCUUGAGUAGACUCAAGAAUUCAGUUGAAUGUAUGCAAUUAUCUGGAUGAGAACUAUAAUACAAGAACAUUAAAUUAUGUUACCGCUAUGUCCUUACUGGUUGCACAAGAUUGUGAAGGGCUAUGUUUUGACAAGUUAUAAAUCAUGUUAGAGAAGUUACAAAUCAAAUACACAGCCAUUUUAGACUGAAUGUAUUGAGCACUUGUGCCAAUGUAAAUUCUGUAUGAAUGUCGAUGUUUAUAGACUGAUGUAUUUAUUUCUUUAUUUCUGUUUUAAUUUUUCAGAUUUAUGAAAUAAAACUAAGAGCACUA